AUUUGUAAUGUACUGGUACAUGUAAUUCAUUUAUUAAAAGUGAUGUGGUAAAAGUGAACGGAAAUUUUCAAUUCAAAAUUUCAAAUUUCAAUUAUUUUGACUCUUCGUCGUUGAAAAUUCAAAAUUUCGCAUUCACAAAAGCACUGGCAAAAUUUUGAGUACUCGCAAAAUCUGGUACGCGCGAAUACGCUCUAUAAAAAUUAACUUUAAUAAAUGUUUUUGGAAAUACGAAAUAAAUAAAAACUAAAUUAAUUAGCAAAUCCACGGUUUGAAGUGAAGUUCCAACAACAGUUCCAACAUCAGCAUGCCGGUAAACUUGAAGAAGCGCAGCAAGAAGCAACGCAUGAAGAAGGCCAUUUCACAUGCGAAAUUCCAGAAAUUGGUUGUGCCCCGACCGGAUGUACUGCACGGCUACCUGCGGCAUGAGGAGAUCAAUCGCUAUUUGGAGUAUCUGAAGAAUCGCUACAGUUUCGUGCAAGUGUACAUGAUCGGCUUGACACACGAGCGCCGUCAAUUGAAGGCAGUCGAAAUCGAUUGGAAUAGCGAGAAGAAUUUGGAAGCCAUCGAACGCGAACGUACGCGUCGUGCGCUCGUCAAUAUGCCAACAAUAACGCUACCGCCGCAACAAAAUGCGAACCCAGGCACCACACAGGGUCGCAAUACGAUCUUCAUAGAGGGCGGCACACAUGCGCGCGAGUGGAUCAGCGUUGCGGUGGCCUUGAAUUGCAUCUAUCAGCUGACGGAGAAGCAUCUGCGCAAUUAUGAGUUGUUGCGCAAAUUGCGCUUCAUCAUUGUGCCCGUCACGAAUCCCGACGGUUAUGAGUAUACUUUCAUGAAGAAUCGUCGUUGGCGCAAGAAUCGUCGACCCAUUCGUCACACCCGUCACAUUGGCACCGAUUGUAAUCGCAAUUAUGAUUUUCACUGGGAGGAUGGACACUCGAAAAGCGGUCGCAAUACGUUUAAAGGAUUGAAACCCUUCUCCGAACCAGAGACGCGCGCCAUGCGUAACGUGCUGCGGAAGAAUAAGGAUGAUUUGUUAUUCUUUCUGUCGCUACACUCAUAUGCGGAGAGCAUUAUGUACCCCUGGGGAUACAGCAAAGACCUACCCGAGACAUGGCAGAAAUUGGAAAAACUAGCGUUAGCCGGUCGCAAUGCCAUAAAGGCCUACAAUGGUAGAAAUUAUCGCGUUGGCAGUAUUGCAAAAUUAACAAAACGCCGCAUAUCCGGCUCAAUUGUGGACUAUGUCUUCGGCGUAAUAAACGUGCCUUUAGCGCUCGUUAUGGAACUGCCAUCGCAUGCUUUGGGUUUUCAACCGCCAGCCGAGUCAAUCAGUCCGAUUGGACACGAAAGCUGGUUCGGCAUACGUGAGAUGUGCAAAAUGGCCUACGACAUAGAGCCACCCUUCUCGCAAUUGGAAGAGACGACGAUGCUGACGAAAGCGCUUACUAAUGUUAAUGUUAAACCACCACUGCAAGAAGCUGGCGCAGCGCGCAAUAAACUACCGCUCUACAAAACGAUUAUGCCCGCCAUCAAAGCCGAAGAGGUGCUGAAGAACAAUAAACUACCGCCAUAUAAAUCGGUUACGCCUGCCAUCAAAGCCGAAGAAGUGCUGAAGAACAAUAAGCCACCGCUUUACAAGACGAUUAUGCCCGCCAUAAAAGCCGAAGAGGUGCUGAAGAACAGACAAGUGCCCGUUAAGUGUUGAAUCAUACUUAUUACAGACCUAUUUAAUGUUUUUUAAAUUAUAUUAUUUGGAUUAUGGCGUAAAUAAAAUCAAAAAAUAUUUUGGCAUUUAGAAUACUCAA